GCCGGAGAGGGAGGGGGGAUGGCGAGAGGUGAUUCAUGGCAGGGGACGUGGAAGGGUUUAGCUCCUCCAUCCAUGACACCAGUGUCUCUGCUGGAUUCAGAGCACUGUAUGAGGAGGGAUUGCUUCUUGAUGUCACACUUGUCAUUGAAGACCACCAGUUUCAGGCCCAUAAAGCCCUGCUUGCCACCCAGAGUGAUUACUUCAGGAUUAUGUUCACAGCUGACAUGCGAGAACGAGAUCAGGACAAAAUCCAUUUGAAAGGUCUGACAGCUACAGGCUUCAGUCAUGUCCUCCAAUUCAUGUACUAUGGAACUAUUGAACUGAGUAUGAACACUGUUCAUGAAAUCCUUCAGGCUGCCAUGUAUGUCCAGCUGAUAGAGGUGGUAAAAUUUUGCUGCUCUUUUCUCUUAGCUAAGAUCUGCUUAGAAAACUGUGCAGAAAUUAUGAGACUUUUGGAUGAUUUUGGUGUAAACAUCGAAGGAGUCAGGGAAAAAUUGGACUCCUUUCUUCUAGAGAAUUUUGUGCCGCUCAUGUCCAGACCUGACUUUCUUUCCUAUCUGAGCUUUGAAAAGCUCAUGACUUACUUGGAUAACGAUCACCUGAGCAGGUUUCCAGAGAUAGAGCUCUAUGAAGCCGUUCAGGCUUGGCUGCGCCAUGAUAGAAGACGCUGGAGGCAUACGGACACCAUCAUUCAGAACAUCAGGUUUUGUUUGAUGACACCAUCCAGUGUUUUUGAGAAGGUUGGUGCAUUUGAAAAGCAGUAGACAGGAUUCAUCAUUUAGCUAGGGCAGCAUGCCGUUAAAUAGGUAAGAUUCCCAAGCCUGUUAGGAGCGACAAAAAGACAGCAUUUAUUUUUCUAGCCUAUCUGUAGAAGAUGAACAUCCCAAGGUCAUGUCAUCUAAAUGUUAGAAAAUAGUACGUAGAGUGACUGGAGAGCAGGUAGGUUUGCGUACGUGCUUUUAAAUGACUUCUUAUAGAAAGGACCUUUUAAAAUAAGGUCACCUGCAUAAAGUUU